AGAAAAGUGAACGGGUACUAGCUGAACAUAGACGCUUGUUUUCUCUUUUGUACCAUUACCAGUGCAUGUGCAUUAAUUAUGCGUACGAAGCGACUGUCAGAUGACGGUUCUCAACCUUUGCGAAAUUGAUACUACUAGAGCAUUUUCAUUAACUGAAAUAGUCUUUCAUGAUCUAGCAAAUUUACGUCUUUGACCGUCUCAUGCAUACGUCCAACUGACUGAUUCCGUUUGUAGGGCGUUCUUAAUAGAACUGAAGAAAGGACAUUUUUUUAGAGCUCCAAAGCAAAGUUCAGAAACCAUCCGUCUUGCUCUCGACUCGCGUCCGUCCUUCGCCCCCGAGCAGCUAGCAGUAGCAGUGCAGCAGGAGCUACGACGAGAUGGGUUGCCGUGUGUUGUGAAUGCGUCACGUGCAUGGAAUGAACAAAGUUCGGAAACGAACAACAAAAUAAGAACAAGGUCAAGGAGAGUGGCAACAUGAAGAAAAGUCAUUCAGGAAGAACCUCGCCUGGGUUAAAUGUAAAUAAAUUCAAAAUCCCAAAGAAACAGAAAGAGCUGCUGAAUGAAGUUGAAUUAGAUUCCAGUGAAUACCUCAGAGAGGUGCUGCCCAUUAUCCACCAAGGGUACAGAGAUUCAUCUUCCAAGAAUAAGUUCAACUAUGAAAAAGUACAGCUUGUCCACAAUCCAGCAAUAAAGAAAGAGUUCAUAGAGAAGAAGAGAGAGAUGAAAGAUGCUGGCCGAAACGAAAAAGAGCUCAACGAGAGUUAUGCGUAUCUCUGUGUAAACACAGAUGAGAAGGCAAAACAACUAAGUGAAGAAUCUCUACAUGCUGGAACAAAAAGGAGAAAAAACAUGCACUGUUUAGGCAGUCCAAAGAUGGGUGUUCAUGUCUGUCGAUAUUCUGAUGUAUUACAUCGCAAUGGAGUGCCAAAUGAAGGGAAACUCAUACUAUUUAAGAUUCUGAAGGGUAAAGUGAAAGCUGUACCCCUGGUGUAUGGAGCUUCAGAGAUCUUGGAACCAACCCCUAACUAUGACUGCCAUGUGGCCAAGAACUCUGGGGAGGAUAUACCAAGUAGUGCCAUUCAUCGUCUCUUUGAUUCAUCAGAGCUCUUUAUCUAUGACUUUGAUGAAGAUGAAGUAGAGUUCCGGAAGAGACCGAGGAACGUUUGUCCAUUCGCUGUGGUACACUUCACCUACUCGGAUACCGGCAUUGCUUCAACGGCAUCAUCCUCCAGCAGUUUCAACAGAACUCCUGUAGCCUCUUCGAAUGAAUCCACACCAACCAGAAACAUCUCUGUCCCUGACACCGUGGGUAUAGCUGUCGUAGCUCCAUGUUUCCCGAGAGAUGAAAUCUUUACCCAGAAGACGAUAAGUGAUGCAGACAGGCCAUUCAUUGAGAAAUAUAAUGAGUACUCUGAGAGGAGUUACAGGGUUUGGUCAGGUCAGCUUCUCAACAAGAAUGGCAACAGCUGCCGUGUGUCUCUCGUCUCAUUUGGGCUUUCCUUCAUGCCAUGCAAAAUGCCGGAAGCCUUGAGAGCAUUAAAAGCAGUGAGGAUAAGAGAAUUAAGACUACCAAACAAGGUCUUUACAGGAAGUGUUCCAGUGCUUUCAAGAGUCAAAGAGGCCCAAGCCAAUGGCAAGUACUACUGGUAUGCUGAGCUACAUUCACUGAGUCUAGACGAUGCAGUAUAUUCAAGAUUUCUUAAUUACCUCUCAGAAAAAGAAUUGGUACUGAAGAAGGAUCUAGGGGACAGAGUGCUGCUGUAUAUCCUACCGACUGGCAGGACGACUCAAAAUCUAGGACUGACCUCAACCUCGCAUCCUAAAAUCAUGCAUUGCCUUGUUGAAUCAUGUGUGCCGAUGGUCAGUCACCUUACAGAUAUUACUGUGAAGCAACCAAGACAUCAAGUAAAGCCAAACCUGGAAUCCGCUCCAAUUCAUGAUAUUGACAAGGACCACCUGAAGCGGCUGAGGUUUCAGUCAUCCCUUGCCAAGCUCUUCUUUGAGCAGAACAAAGAACUGAAGAACAUUGGUGUCAAAGGAGACAAAGAGGAGUGCCCUGUGCCUGUAGCUUUACCCAGGCAGCCAUCCUAUGAACAAUCUGUAGAACAAUCCUCAGUAGAACCAGAAGAUGACGAUGAGGUGGAGAAAGUUUCAGAAAUGUCUCCAGCGAGUCCUGAUGAGCAAGUGGAUGAAAAUUUGAAUGUGUUCAUUCCCAGGACACAGCAGAUGGACAGUCUGCAAAGCAACCAAAGAACAGCAUUACAUUCAAAGCCGUCAGCAUCACCCAUUGAUAAACAUCCUUCCACUGAUAGACAAGACUGGAAAAACUUCACUGACAGGAAUAGAGAUCAACUUGGCAAUAAGCAAUCUUGGGAUCAUUCCCAUCCGAAACCUAUUCACCCAAAAGACCAAAGGAGACAUUCGAUUGAAACCAAAGAGAUCCAUGCCAAGCGAGACCCACCUGAAAAUCAUAAACAAUUGCAACUUGGUGAAGUGCCAAAUAUCCAUGUGGGUAAACAAAGCCCAAGCCAUCAUUCACGCAGUUCCCAUCCAUCAGAACAUUAUCAAACAGGACAACAGCAGCACCGGCAACAACCCGUUCAGACGGAGCAUCAAACUGUUAUCCCAGAAAGUCCAAGCAGUCCGCCACCUAGUUCCAAUCUGCCAGAACAUCAUCAAUUAGGACGCCAACAGUACCAACAUCAACUGGCAAGGAGAGAGAGUCCGUCUCUCAUCCAAGACAGUCCAAGUAGCCCUCCACCAAGUUCUAAUCUGAUAGAAGAUCAAUCAGGACUAGAGAAUCGGUCUCUCAUCCCAGACAGUCCAAGCAGUCCUCCACCUACUAGUAGUUCUAAUCUGCCAGAACCUCAUCAGUCAGGACAUCAUCCUAUUCAGCAACAGCCAGCAAGGACAGAGCAUCAGCCUGUCAUCCAAGACAGUCCAAGUAGUCCUCCACCAAGUUCCAAUCUGCCUGAAAAUCAUCCAUUCCAGCAACAGUCAUCAAGAACAGAGCAUCGGUCUGUCAGCCAAGAAAGUCAAAGGGGUCCUCCACGCAGCGCUGCUCACUUGUCACAACAUCAUCGACCCGGACACCCACAGUACCAGCAACAACCGGCAAGGACAGAUCAUCGAGUUGGUCAUCCGCCCCAUGGGCACUGGUCAAGUAAAGAAUGGGGUCCUCCUAAAGGACCUCCAAGGGGAAUGGAAUCUAGUUCCCAAAGGCCUCCACAGUUGCCUCAUCACCAGCAAAGGCACCCAUCUAACCCUUCAAGUAAUCAACAGUACAAACGUCAGUCAAGCAGCGAUUGGACAAGCCAACAACCAAGUGCCAAGCAUAGACCACCUCAGGACAGGAGACCUCCAGAAGCUGCCAAGCCUGAUCUGCCCCCACAGAUCAAAGAAGUAGCGUCCAAGGUCCACAGCAUGCUGACCGGUGGGAUAGACCUGGCUCUCAAAGGGGCAUCUGGGGACACCAACGUCCAGAAGGUCCGGCAAGAGACCGACGAUGAGAAGAUCGCGAGGAUGAGGGCCACUCUACAAGCCUUGGUAGAGGAAAGGGAGAGAUUAGCAAAGAACAAUUCAGAUAAGAAUUCUGCAAAUCCUCCCACGUCAGUGACACCCAAGGGCAAUCAGGUCUUGUGCAGCUCUUCAACCACCUCGGACGCUACCUCAGAACCUAAAGCACAUUCUACAGAAAGCCACAAUGAGAGCACAGUAGAGAAACCAAAAGAGUGCAAAGUCCUAGAGAAAUCCGGGGAAAGUGCAUUACCCAAGGGAAAUGGCAAUGAUACAGAUAUGAAGAUGAAAGCUCAGAGCGUACUUAUGGAGGGAAAAGUCAGUAUGUCAGAUGUAGAAAUGAAACCUGAGGAAAAUGCAUUAAUCAAAGAGAAGGACACUGUGACAGAUGGAAGUGGGAAAGAAAGAGUAGACUUAGACAUAGAAAAUACAACAAAUUCGGUUGAGAGUGAUGGGGGGAAGGAUUCCCAGAAAGGAGCAAAGCAAGAAAAGGUGAAAGAGAAGGAUAGUGUGAAGAGAAAACUUGAGGAGAUUAAAGAAGAGCCUGCUAAAAAGAAAAUUAAAGUUGAUGAUGUGCCUACCGCAGGAGCGGAGACGAAAAGCAGUGUUCCGACGCAGGAUGUUCCUGUUUUGCCAAAGGAUCAUCCUGCUGUGCCAAAGAACAAUCUGCAAAAGAAUGUUGAAAUAGGUGUGGGUAAAACAGUAAGUAAACCUAUAGGUGGAACUGAUCAACAACCGAAGGAACCACCAAGUCAAGAACCAACCUCUGCAGAGACUCCUCUUGCCGAUCCAAUGAAAACAGUACCAGCAACCAAACCGCAGAAAGAUCCGAAGAAGCUGCAGACUCUUGAGAAGAAACCGAAGAGCACUGUCGAGGACAAGAGCAAGUUGUCCAAGAAGGAGACAUCAGUCAUACCAGGUAAGGUACCUAAGGAGAUCACCAGUGCUUCUCAGAUGAGGGAGUACCUUGAGAGGAAGCAUGGUACUAAUAAGAAGGGCCCCGAGGAACCUAUCUCAAGUGCUUCGGAGAUGAAGAUGUUCUUGGAGAACCCAGACAAGGUAUCAACCAAGAUGAAGAGAAUCAAUAGUGCCUCUGAGAUGUGCCAGUUCUUGAACCAGCCUUUAAUCAGGAACCAACAUAAAGGUCGGUCAACAGCAGACAAUGCCCGCUUAUGCCGCGAGCUUGAAGGCAAAUCUCGAGACGACCUUCUUAAGAACCAUGAUGGUGAAUUUACGAAUAGCCAUCUACAGAACUUCCUCAGCACCCGACAUCAGAUCACCUGGAACCUAUCCCAGGGUCUACGGGUCACCGUUGAGAGGGAUAUGGCUGGAGCUCUGCAUCUAGACCCGCCUCCCCCUGGGACUCUGACCGAAGUGAUGACUGAAGUCGAUGCCUGUAACUCUAGCAUCAUGGCGGUGUGCCAUGGCUCCCAGCGGUCAAUGAAUGGGAUGGAACCAGACACCAGUACCAGAGAGGGACUUGCCUACCAGAUCCGUCAAGUGAUUCAUCACAGUAAACCGGUCAAGAAACUUGAACCAAGAAAGGUGAAAGCAGUCCAGAAGGGCGAAGAUGGGAAGAGAAAGAACUCGACCCGGAAUUCAACAGAGAGUCGAGAUUCAUUGAGAUCGGAGAGUCCGGCAUAUAUACCUGAUGGAAAGAAGAAAGAUAACAGUAAGCCCACAUCAAAGAAACAAUCACAAAAGCUAAGGCCCACCUUCCCAGUAAAAAAGAAUUCUACAAAUAAAGCGGAGACCCCAGCAGGCCAUGCCAUCGGAAUUAAAGAUUCAUCCCUUCUACAAUUGCCCAGGAAAAGCCUCAAAUUGAAAAUCAAGAAAAUUAAGAAAGUGUAUACAGCAAUCCCAAGCUCAGAAGAAGAGAUAGAGAAGGAGAAAGCUACGAUUCAUGCCAGACAAGACUUAGGUUCAACCAAAGGUCUCUCUCAAAGAAAGAAGGACAAUGCUUCGACAGAAACGGGUAAACCACCUGGUCCACGUGUCUCAGCGAAACGUGUGCAUGACACUAAGUUGGAUCACCUAUCUUAUGCGGAUAGAGACAAAGUCGUACACCAAGCCAAAGGUGUCUCGGAAGUAAACUCCAUCAUAGGAGUGCUGCCUGCUAUAGAUGUGACAGAGUCUGUGAGAGAUGUGGUGAAAUGUCUCUCCACAGACGAGAUCAGACAACUUAUUGGGGUGUACGAUGAGUUAUUCAACAGAAGACCCGAUGUCAAGGAGAUCCAGCCAGUUCAGAUGGACAGCAAAGAUAGUCCUGAUGCCAUUCAGCAGUCUACUGUACAUCCUUGGGCUGCUGGAGACACUGGACAGUCAGGAUUGCAGAGAGUGGACCAGGAUGUUGGAGCCAACAAAAGGAUGACCAAUAUCGCUCCUGAUGAAUCUGUAUCAGAGAAAAUCAGUGAUGUGAAAGACCAUCUUUCUGAUUUAGCGAGUGUAAGUCAUGACGAGGUGACGGCAAAAUGCCCUAAAGAUCAUGUUCAGGAGCUUGAAAAAGACCACUCCCUUGAAUGGGAUAUAGAGGAAGAAGAUAUCGUCACUGACAUAAAGCAACCGGGAGAACACCUUCUCCCGGGGCAGGACCUUUCUUUCCUGAAGAAGAUGGAAACGGGAUGUCCUGGUGAUGAUAUCCACCCAUUGACAGAAGACCAUCGUCAAGAACCCCUGACUUCUCCUGUCUUAGACAUCAAUGAAAAUGAAAAACCUGUUGAUGAUAUUAAGCUAGCAGAAGAUGAGGAUACUCAGGAUACGUUGCCUUACCCUCUGGAUCCAGUACUGAAUGGUGCAAAUGAGAUGGAUGAAGGCACUGCAAGUUCAACCGAUGGUAAAGUCCUGAUGAAUGAAGCUUGUAUUCACUUGUAUGACUCAGACAGAUGGAGUGAGUUAGAUGAGGAAAUACAAACGGAUGCUUCUCAAGGGAAUGCUUCCCAGGAAGAUGCAGUGCAUCCGAGCAAAGCGCAACCUGUUAAUGCAGGAACUGAUCGUCUGGAAAAGACAUUCAAACCUGUUGUAGAUGCAGGUGAUACUGCUCUCACUUUGAUGUCUCAUACAGAUGUGCUUUCUAUCCUCAUAAGGGAAUGUAAAAAUAAGACGCCCAUCAGGCAGAAAACAGACAAAGAGCAUUUGGAAGGCACCAAAGGUUUAUCUGUCUUUGAACGCCUUUCGACAUAUCAAUCAAGUGCAAGGAAUGUAGUUAAAGGUGAAGGAGAGAUAUCAGAUCCCUCUGUGAUGUCUUCAGAAGCCAGCAGAUAUCCAGAGGAGUGUGGAGAUAAAUUGAAAAGAAAUGAGAGCCCUCAGCCAACUAGCAGUCUCCCUGUACCAGCAGAUGCUUCACAAAGGACCACAUCGAGUAUUGGAGACAAGGGUGCGAAGAAAGAGGAGAAGAGCUCCAAGGUAUCUGUUUUUGACCGCCUCACCUCGAAACAGGUGGAUGAGCAGCCCCCAAAGAAGAAGGUUUCUGUAUUUGAUCGCCUUUUUGUACCAAAGCCAAAUAAACCAGAGCCAGCCCAGUCAGAACUCGGCAAAUCAGAGAGGGUCUCUGCAUUUGAUAGGCUCUCUUCAAGAAAGGUAACAAAAGCAUCCCCCCAGAAAAAAAAACAAAAGGGAGAUUCAACAAGUAUUUCUUUAUCAAAGAUCAAAAAGGAGAAAACAACUGGCAAACCAACAUUGCCAAGCAAGGUAAUCAAGGUAGAUUCUGGUAGAGCGACAACUGCUGUUUCAAGCAAGGUAGUCGCUGUCAAAUCUAAGAAAACUGAUGAAGUGAUACAAAAGGAAAGGCAGAAUCCAGAAAAGGAUAUGCCGAAGGCUAACAGUAAGAAGAGAGAGCACCCAAAAGAAGAUAUCCCAGCAAGUAAAAAGUACAAGUUGGCCGCGAAAGAUCAGGGAGUGAAGAAAGAUAAAUACAUGGAUAAAUCAAAAGAAAGUGUCACAGUUAAAACAGACAAGUCAAAGGAAAGUAUCACAGUUAAGAAAGAGGACAAGGUUCUGAGGAAGGACUUGGUGAAAAGACCAGUAUCACAGAAUGACCCAUCAAGGGAGACUUUUGCUGUAAUCAACAAGAGCAAACAGACCUCCGAAAGACUUGGAAAGAAAGAAGAGAAAGAAUUAGAUGUCCAGAGGAGCAGGGAUACUUCAAACAAGAAGUCCAAUAUUGUUCCUCAAAAUCAAUCAAGGAGGGAUAAGAAUAAUAAAGAUAAUAGAUCAGUCAAAACGUCAGACCAAGGGUCAGACAAAAGGCCUAUUAGCAGAACAAAAGAAGAUAGAAGAAUCAGAGAAGAAAGAAACCGUGACUCCAAAGAUAGGGAUUCUGAUCAAAGUUCUGUUAGUACCAAGGAAGACAGUGACUCCAUUCGUCAGAACAUUCUUAGAAGAGCCAAUGGACCUACAUCUGACUUUUCAAAAUAUGUUGUCUCUGGUCGAUACAGGAAGUUGGAUAGAGAGUCCCCAAGUCGUUCAGAAACUCCAACAAAUAGUCUUACAAACAAUGCAGGAUUUGAGCCGGAUCAUGAUAUGACUGGAGAAAGAAAAGUAGUUGAUAGAUAUCCAGGGGAAGGACUAUCAAAGUGUUUUAGUGAAACUCACAAAGUUGAAAUUAAAAAUGUUGAUGAGACCCAACAAUAUUCUCUUCAACCAUCAUAUCCCAUUGUAGACCAAAUUCCAAAGGCCACUGAUCUCUCACAGGUCAAUGAACAACAAAUACACACUAUAUCUGUAAUAGGGGGGUCCACUUUAAACUCAAUGCGCCCAUUCUGUGAAGCAAGUGAAGAUAGCGAUUCAAUCACCACCAGCCUACCUGAUGAUUUACCACUUGAUAGGAUCUCGGUCGUAGGGAACAGGGAAAAUGAUGGAUAUCUCAGGCAAGUAAAGGUUGAGUCUUAUAAUUCAGCCUCACCCGAGACACCAACCGUCCUUUCUCCAGACACAAAGAGAGAGGUUGAGCAGGUGCUUAAAGCUUCAAUAGAUUCACUUACAAAUGAAUACCGUCCUGAAAGUCCAACAGAUAGUAUAAGGUCUGUGCAGAGUGGUCACCAAGACCAAUUCUCUGAAAUCAGUAAUAUCCCUCCGACAACAUCAAGUUAUAGUGAAAUUAGCUGUAAAUUAACACAAAACACUUCUGCAUUCACACAAAGCACUUACAACAGAGAUGAACAUUCUGAAGACUGUGACAACUCCCGGAAGGUGAAGGCUAGCCUCAAAGCACCUUCAUCAAGGCAAGUUGUCUACGGAAACCGCUUUCAUCCAUAUGACAAGAGAUUGAAGUCCUUCCAGGGUCACUGCCACUCCAUCCGUGAACCAGAAACAACCGAGCUGACAGACAACUUCUGCAAAGAAGAGUACCGCUUGAGGAAGCUCAGGGCUGCUGCCAGAGCGACCUCGCAGGAAGAGUUCUUUGAUCAGGCCAGGUGUUCUCCGUCCCGUUUCGUAUCGUUGCAUGAUAUGAGUCAUGAUGAAGGUGUCAUCUUGAAGGCAGAGGAAGUAGAGGUGACGCAUUCUCGAGAAAGUGCAGGAGAUACAUCAGUUGGCCAGAAAGGAGAUCAGCUGCAGAUCCUUGAUCGGCAGAUAGAGGCUCUGACAGCAGCUGGCAGUGAUAUCCAGGAUUUCUUUAUCCUUGAUGCGAAUAUAUACCCUAUCAAGAAUGGCGAUGACAGUGCUUUGUCUGGUGUCCCUGCAAGAGUGAGAGCAAGGAGAGGACGUGGUCGGCAUCCACCCAGGCAGCAGGGCCCCCCUCAUCCAUACCAGAUACGCACGCACCAAGAUGAUGGUUACAGAGGUCACCCACAGGACAGGUGGAAUGUACCUGCUGACAGGUUCUGGAAUGGACCGAGCCAGAGGAGCUUUGACAGGCCAUUGGAUAGACCACCUGAUUAUCCCCCUCCUAGCAGGUUCCAUUACAGGAAAGGUUACUGACUGAGGUCUUUGAAAGAACUACUGGUUGGAUUAAGCACCGCCCUGUUCAAUACAAGACACAGGGCACCCAAGCUUAAGAGUUGUAUCACAGAAGCUUAUACCCGUGAGAUUGGUUUGCCAGGUACCCAUUCUAAGCAGGUUUCAUAACAGGAAGGCUACUGAGGUGUGUUGUCUUUACAAGGGAUUUCCAGUUUUGUCACCAUCCAAUUUAAGAGAGCCUACUGGGAACCUAUCCUCAAGGGUUGUACUAUAGUAGCUUGGACCUACCAGCUUUGUCGUCCAGAUACCCAAUCUCCAAACUGGUUCCAUUACAGGAAAGGUUUUUGAAGGGACUUCUGGUUACAUUAAAGGGGAAUCCAGCCUUGGCCAUAAAAUGUUGUGUUGGGAAGGAGAAAAAUAAAUUAAACAGAAUGGUGAAAGUUUGAAAGAAAUCGGACAAGCAAUAAGAAAGUUAUAGCUGCUUUAAAAUUGAGAUCACUAAUACUAUGUAGAUUUCAAAUUGGCAACUGGGUAAGUAAAUUAUGACAAGGGGCAAGGACAACUUUCCCAUAGGCCAUGUACUUUAUUAUCAGGGAUUUGUGGUUUUCUCAUAAGUACCCAAAUCCCCUGGGGCAGUAAUCUAAAUAUAACCCAGAUAGUAUAUUGUUUUAUGUCCUCAUGAAAGAAAAAUAUACUUUGAAAUAAAACUUUUGGGGAAAAUGACAUUUUAGCCAUAAUAUGUAUUGGAGUACAUGGAAGAGUAGUCCUUGCCUUACAUCACUAUGACAUCCCAUAUGCGGCCAAUUUGAAGUCUCCAUGGGUAUAGUGAUUACCAAUAUUUACAACUUUUAAAAAUUCAUAACUUUCUUGUUUGUCCAAUAUUGUUCAAACUUUCACCUAUCAACUUUUCUGAUUUUUCUUUUCCUUAUAAAACAAGUUUUUAUUUGGGUUGGAUUUCCCUUUAAGUACCACCUGAUCUUUAAAGCAACAUCCAGGAAACCCAGCCUCAAGAAUGGUAUCAUAGUAGCUUGGACCUCCAGGGUUUGUCAUCAAGAAACCCACUCUAAACAAGUUCCAUUGCAGGAAAGGUUUCCUGUGUAUGGAGGGGACUGCUGAUUGUGUUAAAUACCAGCCAAUAUUGAUAGUAUACAAGGAACACAGCUUCAAGAGCUGUAUUCUAGAAUUUUUGACUGGUAGGACUUAUCCACCGGAUUUACCACAGGAGCAACCUCUUGAAAUAUGUUUGCAGAUUGAUUUCCAUUGCAGGAAACACUGCUGAAAAAUCCUGACUUACACAAGUUAGCACUGUUCCUCAUUAUAUUCCUAAUUUUGAUGAUGAUUGGAUAACUUUGUACAACUCGACCAGCUUUCAGACAUAUCACUCUACCUAUGUAAACGGGUUUCAGUCUCUUUGAAUAUGUAGCUCUUGCAGAUACAACAUACAUGAUUAAAAGGAUCAAAUGUACAAAUGAUAUGCUUUACCAUUGUGAAGACAAUUUCCCUCAUACCUAAUUUCUAAAUAUAUCUAACCAUUACCUUCAUUCCCCAUUUGUUAUCAAUAUUUUAUCAUUCCAGUUAGCAGAUGACAUUUUGGUGUUACUUUAUGUAUUGACAUAUAACAUGGGCUUUAAUUUGAGUAGUAAUGUCAUUUCCCAAGCACCAUUUUUUUUCUGAACAAAGAAGCAUGUAGAAUCAUGAAUUCCUUGUGAUAAAGUUAGAUCAAAGUUUGAUUGUGAUCAAUGUGUGCAUUUGAUCAGAUAUAUCCCGCCAUUUUUUUUUACCAUGGUCUUGCUUUUAAAGAAAUGUAUUUGAUACCAACAGAAAGAGUGUUUAUUCCUCUUUGUAUUUUUUCUUCAUUUUCAUACUAUGUCUCCUUGUUAUUUUUUUUCCUCCUUUCUAUGCACUUUAUAUUUUUCAUAGAUUUUUUCUUUGAUUUAUUUUUAUAUGAAGUGAAAUAAAUUAAGAAUAGUCUUGGAGACUUGUAACAUAACCUUGUUUAAGCAGAAAUCCUGAAAUAGCCUUU